AUGGAGCAGCCCUCUAUAGCGAGUCCUGCCAUAUCGCACUCGGCCUCGGCCGCAGCGGUGGACUUGACGGCGGUGGACUUGACGGCCUCGGAAUUGACGCGAGCCAAACGUCACAGCCAUGCAGACGGGUCGCCGGAUUCGCUGACUAUCUCGGAGGAUCUCAGUCCCAGGUCGCCGAAGCGGCGCAAGAUCCUCAAGGUGACGCGAGCUUGCGACUUCUGCAAGCAGCGCAAGGCCAAAUGCAGCGGCACCAUCCCCUGUGACAAGUGCUCAAAAAAGGGGCGCACGUGCCUGUACGAUGCCAAGUACUCUCGAGGCCAUCCACCAGAACCAACACCGUCCUUGCAGCCUACCGCAUCGUCGGAUCUGCCAGACAAUGAGGCCGUCAUGCUCCGGGAAUCCGCCAUCGACAGUUCGGCGGCCUUCUCAUCUGAGGGUCAUCGCUAUCAGGCUCCCGUCAGCCAGGGUCCGGCCUCGCGCGCCUCGCCAGAGCUAGGGGUGGCCGAGAUAGAGGGCCAGAUCUUCGACCCAACUUCGGGAAUCACGUUCCUAGAGAGGGCCCAGCGUCGGUUGUCAAGGCAUGACAAGACUGAAGUCACUGACGGUGCCGCCGCAUCAGCCGAUAGACAGCCGUUGAUGUCGGCUGGUGACAAGCCACUGCCACAGCUACUAGACGGUGAGCCACCAUGGUUGUCACUCCCGAGUGAUGGAGAGCUUCGGGGAUUGAUGGCUUUGUACUUUGACGUGUGUAUCGCCACGUAUCGUGUAGUGCAUCGACCAUCCGUCGAAUCCUGGCUGGCAACUCUGGUGAGUAAUAUACACCAACAGAAACCUUUAUGGCAGGAUGUUGGUCGCGCCAGGGCUGCCAUGGUCCUGGCGGCGCUCGCCAUUGCCACGGCUCACCAAGACAAAUCCAUGGGCUUCCGGACCAUUGAAGAUGAAGAGGCCUCGCUUCGUCGUAGUGACCGCCUGUUCUGCGUCUCUUCACAGUUGACUGACGGCGAGACCGGGUUUCCCAAACUCGAAUCCGCGCAGGCGCGCAUAAUCCAAGUACUAUACCUCCUCACAACCUCGCGUAUGAACCACGCAUGGUUUACCUUUGGCGUUGCAUUGCAGAUCAUCUCGGCGCUCGGCAUGCAUCGAAAAUCUUCCCGGAAACGUCGCAUGGCUGCGAGUAGCACGGACUACAUGCAGGAGCAGUGCAGGAUACGUACCUUCUGGACAGCCUACAUCCUGGAUAAGUACCUUGGGGUUAUCCUUGGGAGGCCACGACACUUCCAUGAUGACGACGUUGAUCAAGAUUUCCCUGAUAGUAUUGAUGAUGAAAACAUGACACCUCAGGGCCCGGUGUCAGAUAGCGAAUAUCCGUCCGAUACUUUCAUCAACGCACUGGUGUUUCAUGCAAGGAUCGCUCAGAUUAUUGGUAGCAUCUCCAGAGAGGUAUAUUCCACCAAGAAGAUUACGGAGAAAGAACGCGCUGCGGCAGCCCAAAGACUCAGCGAAAAGCUUCACCAGUGGAAAGCAAGCCUGCCACCUCAUCUGGGAUCGAUCAGACCGUCCAUGCUCAUCGCAGGCUUCCGUCGACAGGCCACGGUCUUGAAGCUGGCAUAUUCGCAUGCUAUAAUGCACGCAAACCGACUAUUUUUACUAGGCAACCUCAACGACAACAGUCGUCCACAGAUCAUCGAGUGCAUUGGCGCGGCGAUGGAUGUCUUCCAGGCAGUAGAUCGUAUGGCGGCGGAAGGGCCCAUCUUCCAUGCGUUCUGGUGGACCCAGUAUGUUACAUUCUGUGCACUUCUUGUUGCAUAUGUUUGGGACAUACAACAAAAACGCCGGGGCGGCGCGGCACUGGACCUUGGCUUGCAACAAAGCAAGUUGAUGGCCCUGGCAGAACGCUGUCAUACACACUUGGCCAUGGCUACCGCAACGAACUCACCAAGUCGCCGUUAUGCAAUUAUUCUCGAAGAACUUAGUUCCGAAGCUCUUGGCAAGCCAGUCAACUGUCAAGAGGACGUAUCAGGUCAAGGCUCUCACGAAAGAAACAACGGGUCUUCGGCCCAAGCCUUCCAACAACCAGCGACCACCGGUAGGCUUGCGCUUCAGAAUCGCGACGUCACGGCAGAAAUGCAGCUUGGUGGUCACCAGGACCAGCUCAUGAUGGCUGACGCGGGUUUUGGGUUUCGCGACACGAAUCUGUUGGAUGAAUGGCAGACAACAGAUUGGUUGGAGCUUGACUCGUCGGCAUUUGGUCUAUAUAACUUUGAUAACAGCAGCUCUUUUGGCUGGAUGCCCAAUAUCGGCGCUUAG